UUGGGUGGAAGAGAGGUGCAACCUAAUAGCGGAAGCCCCGCCCAACCGGGGUGAAACUUCCGGCUCCAAACGCUUGGGCCUUAUGCUGACGGAGCGGAGCCAGCAGCGCCGGGAUGGUGCUGCUGGAGAGUGAGCAGUUCCUGACGGAGCUGACCAGGCUGUUCCAGAAAUGCCGGUUGUCGGGCAGCGUGUUCAUCACCUUGAAGAAGUAUGAUGGUCGGACUAAACCCAUUCCAAGGAAAGGUUCUGUGGAGGGCUUUGAGCCCUCAGACAACAAGUGUCUGUUAAGAGCUACUGAUGGGAAGAAGAAGAUCAGCACCGUGGUGAGCUCCAAAGAAGUGAAUAAGUUUCAGAUGGCUUAUUCAAACCUACUGAGAGCUAACAUGGAUGGGCUGAAGAAGAGGGACAGAAAGAGCAAGAGCAAGAAGAGCAAAGCAGCACAGUGAAGGGACCCAGACUUCCUGCUUUCACCAACUAACCACUUAAAUGCUGUUCUUUUGGUUUUACUUUUGGCCACAAAGCUGGGUUUCUGAUUCCCAUAUAAUAACUUGUCACGUGAGAUUAGGGUCAUCUUUGGAUGGAAGAAGAGCUGCAGUGUUUACACGGUAGUUGUAAGAAACCAGUCUAUUUUAGAGCUGGCUAAGUGGUCUGUGUUGCAUGGUCGUAUAUUCUUGGAUUAUAGUUUAAAGUCUCUGUAGCCACCUAUGAAGAGGACUAUAUCAUUAAACCUGUAUUUAUCAGCA